UUGAUCUUCAAACUGAAAUUCAAGUUGUCACGCGGCAGGUCAGCCAGCAUCAGCGGUCCGCUGCUGUUCGUUUCGACGGCCAACGGCACUAGCAUCGAGAAGUCGAACGAUAACAACGUAUGCACUGUCAAGGCGAGGGUGAUCAAACGGGCAGAACUCGAUAUUGUCGGCAUCUCCGACCCGGCACUAGUGUACUUCGGUGGGGAGGUACGAGGUGAGAGUGCGAUGGAGUACGAAGAGGACGUCGGCCCUCAAGUUCAGCUCACAUACCUUGUGCGGAAUAACGGCCCUUGGGGAGUGGGCAAUGUCACGGUUCUAAUCGACUUUCCUUUCGAAGUCAAUAGUCCAUUCGCUCAUGGAAAAUGGGCGUUGUAUUUAAUGAGUACUCCUGCUAUCGAGAUACCAAUUCCUGGCAGCACGGAAAUGGAACGCAGAAAUUGCUACAUCGACUACCUGAAUGAACGAGUCGAUCCGCUGAAUCUUCGCGUCGGCUAUUCACCGGUGCAUCAGCCCGAAGAACGGUUCAAACGGCAGGCCGGUGGCAGGGAGACGUCCGAGUCGUCAUCCAACAAGCAGAGUUCGUCUUUCGAGCCAUACCAGGGAAGGCAGGCGAGAGCAUUGCGAAUUCGACCGGAAGAGGUGCAAUUUAGCGGUGAGACUUACUCGCGAGUCGUAAUCAGUUGCAACAAGAAUCUGAAGGAACGGACGGCGAAGUGCUUUGUCAUACGGUGCUUGAUCGACUACUUGGAAUCGAACAUGACGGCCAGCAUCCGGAUACGUUCGAGACUGUGGAACAGCACUUUUGUAGAGGACUAUCGGGACGUCGAUCACGUUUUAAUCAAGUCCAGAGCAACCGUUGAAAUAGACAAGAAGCAGGGCAUCGAAGAGUCGAACUACACGGAUAAUGAAGCGGAGGUGAAUUACUUAAACUACUUCGAAAUAUGUUAA